UAGAAAAAAAAGCGCUGCAAACCACUUCCGCUCUGGUGUAAACAAUGAUAAUUUUACGACAUCCGCGUUGGUUUACGGCACCGAUCAGUCGGAAGUGUUGUAACCAGGGAGACACUGCGCCCGGCGCGAGAAGGAAACCGUAAACAGCGACUGACAGGCAGCGCGCGGAACAAAAACAAACCCUGGAGAAAACAGCAGCGUGUGAAGAAUCCGCUCUUGAGAGUCUCAUGUGAGCGUCAUUAGCUUUGAUUCGACUGAUUGGCGGCGCGUCUCGUGUGUUUGCUGGUGUUUCUCUGGUCUGGAGUCAGACAGAGCGACUCCAUGGAGGUCCGUAAGCCGGUCCUGGAGCUGAAGGACGUUCCUCCUCCGCCCCCCCACAGCCUCGGAGCGGCCAGCCUCAGUGUAAGCGUGUGUCCCCGCUGCGAGGCCAGCAUCCACCUGCAGCAGAGUUGUAGUGAAGCCGGUGGAGGUUUUCCUCUGUGUGUCUCUCAGACAAACACCCCUGCACACCCCCCGUCUGUGGCUCAGAGUGGCCCCGGAGGGCCCUGCUGCGCUGGGCUGAGGCAGCGGCACACCUGUGCUCUGUGUAAGCCGGCCCCGUCGGGCGUCUGUCACUGCCACAGAGCGCAGCAGCACCCUUUCUCUCACGGUGACCCGUCCUCACCCUCUCACCUCUGCUCUAGCGCGCUGCACCUGAGUGUCGGGCGUGCGCCGCCGUGCGUGAAGGGCGUUCACUGUUUGCAGGACUGCUGGAGAAAGGUUGGUCGUCUUGUGUUUUUGGGAGCACAUCCUUCGUUCCUCAGUAAAGCACAGCAGAGGGCGAGGCAGAAACGUGGUAAACCCGCUGCAGGGCUCUCGUGUGGAUUCUCAGUGAAAUCUAACAUCAGUCUCUUCUGCUUUCAGAGUUUACAUGUGGACUCGGGGAAGGUCUGGCCGAACAUUCCCCCUCCCGUCCCUGUGUGCAACGGCUGCGGUGUGACGGGCGCAUCGCCCGAGGGUCUGCUGGGGGUCCAUCUCAGCAAAACCACACAGAAAUACGGUGCUCCGGAGACUGCCGGGCAGGAGGCGCUGCCGCCCAUCGGGGUGUUCUGGGACAUCGAGAACUGUGCGGUUCCCAGCGGCCGCUCGGCGGCGACCGUGGUGCAGAGGCUCCGAGAGCGCUUCUUCCAGGGACACCGCGAGGCCGAGUUCAUCUGCGUCUGCGACAUCAACAAAGAGAACAAGGCCGUCAUCCAGGAGCUCAACAACUGCCAGGUGACCGUCGCACACAUUAAUGCCACCGCCAAAAAUGCAGCAGAUGACAAACUGCGUCAGAGCCUCCGGCGAUUCGCAGAGACGCACGCCGCUCCCGCCACAGUCAUCGUUGUUUCAUCGGACGUGAACUUCGCCAGUGAGCUGAGUGACCUGCGGCAUCGCCACGGCUUCCAGGUGAUUCUGGUCCACAAGAGCCAGGCCUCGUCUGCCCUGCUGCAGCAUGCGCACCUGCGUGCCGCUUUCGAGGAGUUCGUCUCGGACCUUCCGCCCGGGAUGGUCGUCAAAUCUCAGCCCAGUUUCAGUCUUCUGUUUGUGCACCACCUCCCCACGCACCGCGACGCCAAAGCGGUGGCCAACCGGCUGCAGCGCCUCUCCAAUAACUGUGGAGGGAAGGUGUUGGGCGUGUCGGGCAGCUGCGCCGUGCUCCGGUUCGCCAGCACUGAUGCGGCCGAGCGUGCCCGUAAGCGCAUGGAGAACGAAGACGUCCUGGGCCACCGAAUCGUGCUGUCCUUCUCUCCCGACGGCCCGGAGGAGGAAGAGGAGCGCCGGCCUCCUGCCGCCUCCUCCUCUUCGGUCUUCCUGCCCGUGGAGAAGCCGCGCUCGCCCCGUCGCCUGCGGCGGGUGUCUCGCUCAUGCCAGGGCGGAAGCCACGCCCCCGAGCGACCGUAUAGCCCCAGGAGAGCAGGCCACGCCUCCUCGUGCAGCCCUGUGAUGAAAUCCCUCCCCCAGGCUGUGAGUGCUGUGACCCGACCUGCGACUGCCUCUCCCCAGAAUCUCACCGUCCUGCCUGCAGCCGUCAAACCGGCAGAGACGCCGCAGCGCAGCCGCAGGCGCGACUCUCCUGGCCAGACGUUUCAGGUCAGCACUCCUUCAGCGUUCAGUAAACUAAGUUUGCAGCGGAACUUCAGUCCUAUGAUGCUCUCACAGAGCUCAUGGUCAUCACGGGGCUCGUCGCCCUGCCUGUCGAACCGCUCGUCUCCGCUGAGCACUCUGUCCCCCAGCAUCUGCACAGACGGCCCGGCCGAGCCCUUCUCUGACGGAGUGGACGUUCAGGUCACUAAUCUGGACUACAGGAUGUCACGCAAGGACCUGCAGCAAAUACUGCGAGACGUGUUUGCUAAACACGGCAGAGUGAAGAGUGUGGAUCUGAGUCCUCACACUGACUAUCAGCUGAAGGCGCGGGUGCACAUGAGUUCGCUCCAGCAGGCCAUCGGCGCCGUCAGUCUGCUGCAUCGCUAUAAAAUCGGCAGCAAGAGGAUUCACGUGUCUCUCGUCACCGGAGCCAGUAACAAAUCUCUCACCUGCCUCAGCUCCGAGAUCAUCAGCAUCCUGCAGGACGCUCCGGCCAACUGCCUGCCUCUCUACAAGUUCACAGAGACGUACGAGAGGAAGUUCGGUCAUAAGCUGGUGGUCAGUGACCUGUACCGGCUGCCGGAGGUGGUGUGUGUGCGUGAACAGGGCGGCGGGCGGCUCGUGUGUCUGCUGUCCAGCACUCAGGCCCGGCAGAGCCCGCUAGGAUCCGCACACUCUCACAACAGCUCCAACACCGCCAGUCCGGUUCUGUUCGAGGAGCUGGAGUACCACGAGCCCGUCUGCAGACGACACUGCACUCAGCAGGACUUCAGUGAAUCUGAUUUUGAUCCGGAUUCUUACGUGAUUCCGUUUGUUCUGGUGUCUCUGAAAGUUCUGGCUGCUCAUGUCCACGGUUUACUGCAGAGUCACGAGGGAACGGUACCACUGCUCAGUUUCCCAGAAUGCUAUGCAGCAGAGUUCAGUCCUUUAGCCGUAGCAGAGGAGGGGGAGCUGGAGGGAAGUGUCCCGUUAGAGCACCUCAUCACCUGCAUCCCUGGAGUCACUAUCGUAACGGCCCAGAAUGGCUUCAAGAUCAUCAAGUGGAUUCACAACAAACCCCCGCCACCCAACGCAGAUCCGUGGCUGCAGCGCAGUAAGAGUCCGGUCGGGAACCCACAGCUGAUCCAGUUCAGCCGAGAGAUGAUUGAUCUGAUGAAGAACCAGCCGUCCUGUUUGGUGCCCAUCACAAAGUUCAUCCCAGCGUAUCACCACCAUUUUGCCAAGCAGUGCCGUGUGUCUGAUUACGGAUACUCCAAACUGCUGGAGCUGCUGGAGGCCGUUCCUCACGUGCUGCAGAUCCUGGGUUUAGGCUCCAAGCGUUUGUUGACGUUGACCCAUCGCGCUCAGAUCAAACGCUUCACUCAAGACCUGCUGAAGCUGCUGAAGUUUCAGGCCAGUAAACAGGUGUUGAUCGGGGACUUCUCGCAGGCGUAUCACUGGUGUUUCUCCAGGAACUGGCAGGUGGUGGAUUAUGGGAUGUGUGAUCUGAUGGACCUGUUGGCCGAGAUUCCGGACACAACGAUCACGGUCUCUCAGCAGGAUGGUGACACGCUCAUCUCUGUUCCCAAAAGAGAGCGGACGGCGGAGGAGCUGGAGCGCACACGGCAGUUUGGCAAGGAGGUGGUAGAUCUUCUGAGACAUCAGCCUUACUUCCGGAUGCCCUUCAGCAAAUUCAUCCCCACGUAUCACCACCACUUCGGACGCCAGUGCAAGCUCUCCUACUACGGCUUCACCAAACUCAUGGAGCUUUUCGAGGCCAUUCCAGACAUUCUUCUGGUGCUGGAGUGUGGAGAGGAGCGGCUGCUGGCGCUGACGGAGGUGGAGCGCGUCAAAGCGUUAGUGGCUCAGCUGGUGAAGCUGCUUCGGGCCCAGAGAGACUCAGCACUUCCUGUCAGUCAGUUGCUGAGUGAAUACAGCAAGACGUUUGGCUACAGUCUCCGCCUGCAGGACUAUGACGCCGCCACGCUGCCUGCCCUGCUCAACAAACUCUGCCACGUGGUGAAGGUGGUAGACACUCCUGAAGGGAAAGAGGUACAGCUGAUUAACAGGAAGUCCCUGCGUGCCUUGACGUCUCAGCUGCUGGCGCUGAUGAUGUCACUUCCUGAGGAUCGUGAUCAUCUCGGAGUGGAGGAGCUGAGGAAGCAGUACGAGCUCAGCUACGGUGCGCCGCUCAACCCCUGCGAGUACGGCUUCAUCUCUCUGAGCGAGCUGCUGAAGAGUCUGCCUUACCUGCUGCAGCUCUCUGAAGGUGAGCAGGACGACGGUGACACCGAGGACCGCGUGAGGCUGACCAGACUCUACCAGUUUGCCCGCAGCAUCCGUGCGCUGCUGCACACGUAUCAUUAUAACCAGAUCUUCCUGUCUGAGUUCUGCGGCGCCUUCAGCAAAUACACCGGCCGAGGGUUUCAGCCGCAGACAUAUGGCUUUAAGACGCUGGAGGAGCUGCUGGCCGCCAUACCGCAGGUUGUCUGGAUUAAAGGUCACGGUCACAAAAAGAUCAUCGUCCUGAAGAACGACAUGAGAGCUCGUGGCAGUCCUGCGGUCACUGCAGACGAGCUGCGUCCUGAUGAAGAGCCCCGGUCAGCCGACAGCCCCGCCAGCGGCGAGAUGGAGCUGCUGUGUCUGGGUUCUCCUGUGGAUCUGCUGUGUGCUCCGGUCCCGUCCUGCCUCCCAUCUCCUCAGCUUCGGCCCGACCCGGUGCAGCUGCAGCCCAGGGAUCUGAUCCGCUUCGAGCCGCAUCCGCACGCUCCGUCUGAACAAGAGCCGGUUCACGAUCAGCAGCCUCAGUCUGCCAACGGUCCCCUCAUGGCUUCGGCUUCUGAAAACGGCCCAGAUCAUGGAGUGAGCAACACUGCGGAGCCCUUGGGCAUGAAAACGUGUGUCACAGACAGCCCCGGCCGGCGAACGGCACGCAACAAGGUUAAACUUGCGGCUAAUUUCUCCUUCACACCCGCCCUGUCAGUCUAAAGCUGAGCACGUCACGUGAGGAGGAAUAUUUGUGAACUGUGACACGUGUUAUUCUGUGUGGCUAGCAGACGUUCUGCGUUCAAAGUUUGAUUUGUCUGAACUGCAGCAGACCUCGUGUUCUUCAUUCGAGUUUGUCUCUAACCAAGCCACCGCUCCUCUACGUGGGAUGUUGUUUUCUUUACUGCAGUUGCUCGUUAUCAGUUGUUAGGUUGAGACCUGAAUCGUGCAGACCGCUGCUGAUUGCUGGACGUCACUCUGAGCUGCUGUGAAUCGUCCAAACCUUCAUUACGGUGAAUCUAUCCUCCUGCUGAGAUGUGCUGUCAUACCUUUGUUUGAGAUGUUAUUUGUGUUGUUUGAAGCACAUGGGCUCCGUCUGAUGAAAUGGAAGAAUGAGUUUGCUGGAAGGUGGAAUACACUUUAUUCUUUUUCGAUCUGAGAUCUCAAACACUCACAGAUGCUUUUGUGUUAAGUCUCUUUCAGAGCCAGAGCCUGUUAUCAAAGGGCUUUCCUCCCUUUUAACUGAUUGAUUAGUCGAAGCUGCCCUUCUCGAAUCGCUUAAGUUCAUAUUGUGAAUGAAGUCUGUGUUUAUUGAAACUCUUACGGAAGUGUUUAGUUUAAGAUCGUCUCAGCUGCUUAUCGGAGGAGAUUCACACUCGUCUUACAGUUUCACUGGCGUCCAGAUGAAUUAUGGGAGUCUGUGUGAAGAAGUUCAGCGGGCCGAAGAGAAACACCCUAAUAUUCUGCAGGCCGAGGCAGUUUGUCGUUUUAUGGAUGUUUUGUUUUUGGUCCGGAAGUUGCUUUGAUAGUUCUAUGCAGAUGGUGCAUAAACCCUUGUUUGAAAGCGGUCCUUUAUGAGUAGCUGCAGGCUUUUACUGUGUUUCUUCUUUUAUGCAUUUUGGCAAAAUCGUGCUAAUUAGAUGAUGUUAAUCAGUGUAACUGUUCCUCUGGAAAUGCCAAGGUUGUUUACUUGAACCUUGAGUUCGUGUGUUCAGUUGCGGUUUGCUCUCCGCGGCGGCUCUCUGAUGGCUUUUACAAUGGUUUGUAUCAGCCGUGAGACGCCGGUGCGGGACUCCGCUUCUGCUAACGGCUUUGGGUCACAGUGGGUUGAUUUGUGUGCAUGUGAUCUGUUUAGCGUAUGUUUCAGCUUGCAGCAACACGAGGAGCUCAGAGAGUCCUGUGUACCGCGGCUGUUGAACGCAUUUGUUUGUUUCUUUUAAGGGUGGCUCUCUUUGGCCAAUGUUUUUGGAAGCCUUCAAAAUGCUACCAGCAGAAACUCUUGAGCUGAUGUACGUGUGUCUCAGUGAUUUUAUGCAUGUUUGCAUAACGUUUGCCUCAUGCUGUUUAUGGAUAUAUUUGAUUUAGGCAGAGCAUUUAUUGCCCAGCAGAAAUGUGACGUAAUGUACGUGUGUGUGUCUCAUCUUUAGCGUCUCUGUUCGUCGAGUGCAGUUUUAGUGUGUGUGUGUGUGUGUUCACUCUCACUUCUGUCAGACGACCACAAUGAACCCAGAAGCCUCUCAGAUUGUGACGUUCGCUGAACUUAAUGAGCUUCAUGUGAAAUAACGUGGACGUUCAGCCUCAAGACACUGGAGGUCUUGUAUGAUUUUAGUCUCCACCAGAAAGUCCAGUUAGGAGUUUUUUUUUAUUUCUAUGUAAUGACCAAAUUUCUGUCAUGUAUAAUAAAUAUCACAAGCAUCA